AUGAUCAGGAAGUCUCUAUGUGUGCUUACUGUGCUGUCAGUAUUGCUUUUGUUAUCGGUUAAGUUCAACACUAUGAAACGUGAAGGUGAGACUUAAUGCUACUUAUGCGUGUUAAAAUGAUUUUUCUGGUUCUUCCAACCUACGAUUUUCGACAGUGUCGUUAGAUAAAAAUAUUUUUGUCAGUUAUUUAAUGCCACAAACUCCUUCGUCAAAUUUCUUGUUCAUUUUUAAUUUAAACACUGUGUUCAAGCGAACAAGAAAAAAAUAUAUAUAUAUUGUACUGUGUGUUGGGGGCGGGAUCGAGGGUGGAGAGUUUUUUUUUUCCAAGACAAAACAUGUCUAGGUUGCCAUGGUAAACUCCGACAAGAUUAUGAUUAUGAUUUGCGCGCGCAUUUCAUUCUUUUAUUACGCGCGCAUUCUCGACUCUAGGCCCCAAAUGUUAAAAUAAUAGGUGUGAAGCUCUAUCCGUUAGUGUAUGUAGGUGUCAAGAAAUUAAACCAAUUGCGCAAUCCACUGGAAAAUAAUUUAUCCAGAGGAUUGAGUCAUUGACCAGUUUUGAACAGAUGGGGCCAAAGCCGUUCAGUCUCGCAGAUUUUAAUAUCCUGAAGACUCUGAGUCGAGAACGUUUAAUGUAGUGCGCGCGCUUUGACGGUUAGAAAUCGUUAUGAAACUUGCUAGAACGAAUUAUCGCCGCAAAUGGUUUCCCUACAGCACACAUAAAUUUCCUCCCUUUCAAGUGGUUUUUCUUGUGUCGCAAGAAAGAAACGGUGAAUGUCAAUCUUAUUCAGCUCGUUAUUGUCGUUGUUCUUGCAGCUAUUCAACUUUCUAUUGACGAGCCAGAGUUCUCCUAUGAGGAUUUUGCCCGCAAGAUUUGUUUGGCGGGAACUUGGAAUGGAAAGGUCAGUACAAUGUAGUAGUAAGUAAGCUUAGAACUGCUGGCUUUCGAUUUUCUAUCUUGUUAACGGUCUCUGUUGAUGAGAAAUGAAACGAUUCAGUUCAUGUAUUUUUCUUGUAAUUGUCGUCAUGAAGGCCCAUUACUGUAACUAUCGUGCGCCCAAGGGGCGGAGCCAAGUUUGCAGUUACAACGGUGUCGGAAUUGUAAAGGAAUAUAUGAAGUUUGAUUAAAAAGUCUAAAAAGAACUGCUCGUAAUAGAGAGGUGUCAGUAUUCGAGAGGUAGGGUUUAUCUUUAGAACCAAGAGGACUGUUUGCAUUAGAGUUAUCCGUAAGGAAGGUCCGUGGUAAGAAUUCUCGUUAAGUCACUUUUUGCAUCUUCAAACUAAAUACAGUACGAUCUAACCGCCAGCCAUGAAUUUUCAUUUAAUUUAGUUCAGCGACAUCGUACUUCUGCAAGUUCUUACUAUUUAUUUGGCUUUAACUUAAUAACGACUGUUUUUUAUCUUUUGUUUCCAUUUCAUCGCAGGAAUAUGUGCUGAAGGUGAAGUUCAAAUCCCUGGAAGUUGGCUUGAAAGUGGUGUUCAAGGGAAACACACGUUCUGAUGUAAAGUUCUCGUCCCACAGUAAACAGGAUAAUGGACGGGUAUGAAUGAUCAAAGUUUUUAAUUCAUCUCCAUCAUGUCUCUCCCUGCCAGAAGAUGAAUUUAGCCGUGUCUUAAUCAAUAAUCAGCUAAUUAGCUUAAUGUAGUGUUUUAGUGCUUUUAAGAAAUCCCAAAUUCCUACGUUGUCGGUGACCUUACAGUAGUGUAGUGUUUCCAGGAUUCCCUUGUGGGCUGGAACGUUUCUGGGGGGACUUGGUUCGAAAAAAAAUUGUAACUGCAUAUGUUAGUAUGCAACCAUUCCUCGAAGGAAAAUUGGAGUGAAUAGUGGUACUGACCUCUGGCGGUAUGCACCAACACUGACGAGAACAGUUGUUUUAGCAACCAAAUUACUUAAAUAGGAAAAAAAUGAAAAUACAAGACUUCACUUAGCAAGAGGAUUAUCAAUUUUUUUAUUAAUUGGGACAGUGUUUGCAAAAAUGUUGGAUAUUUUGUCAAGUGCAUUUUCACAGUUUUGUUGCAUUUAACACUGACAAGCCAAAUUGCGUCGCCCUCUUGGUAUUUUAGUACUGGUACAGCUGCUUUAUUUAUCGCUAAAAAUUCGUCUUUCGAAACUCUCAUGAAACCAAACGCCAUUUUGACUCCCAUCCCGAAACAAAUGAAUAGCCAGGAAUUCUCAAUCAAAACGCUCAACACAGUUUGCUACCCACUGUUUUGGUAAGUAUUGUUAAUAUAAAUUAUACUGAACAAAAUGUGUCUGGUCUUUUAUUAAAAUCAUUUAGGUGGACGAAUUUCCAAUCUGUACCGGUCCUCGAAAUGGAACACAUCCUCAUGUCUAUGAAAAUUCUUACGAACCCGAACCGCGCAUGUCUGUGAUGCAAACAUGGUACAAAGUAAAAGGAGCCACAGUUGCACUGGCAAGCUGGACAUUGAAUGGGGUUACCAACGCGGGAAAAACGUCUUUCAAUAUCACAGUCACAGCAGCUGCCAAAGCCUAUGAUUGGGUUAUUUCAAAGGCUCAGUCGACCUGGAAUGGAGGAAGGCGUUUGGCUAAGGAAACCUUGAACGGAGUGAUGUGUUUGGUUAAGGGAACCUGGAAUGGAAUGACGCGUUUGGCUGCUAAGACAUGGGACGGAAUAAAGUACUUGACUGAAAGAACCUGGUGUAUGGUUACUUGGAUAGUCGAAUGGGUCUGGGAUCAAGUUAUGUGGCUGAUCAGUCCUAUCAACUUCAUGACUGAAGUGAUUUCUGUCUUCUAUGCUGAGUACCUUAAAGGUGAGAGAUACUGCGAUUUACGUUUUGUAAGCAAGCUAUGGAAAAGAAAUAGGAGACGUAAAAAUAGUAUCCCCAAUUAGUACACUUUCGGGCUAAAUACAUUGACACUCAAAUGAAGUGCAUUUUUCCACUCUGUAUGAUAUUACCGGUAUAAACUGUGCUAUUGAAAAGUUGUAAACGUUUCCUAGUCAUCCAGCAUCUUCUGGUUAUUUUCACAAAGAUAGAUCGGGUAUUUACUUUUUUGUUAGCCAAAUUUGCUUCAUCACUGCGUAUUAUCUAUUUUUUUAUUUGAACAAAGAGAUACAGAUGUGAUAUAGGUUAUAGAUAACCUGGGAUCGCUUUAGCUAUGCGCCUACUUUGCUACAUCUCGUGAUACACUCAGUCUGCGAAACACUCAGACUUUUAAGAUGGUCAUGUAGUUAUUUUUUCCUUCUUCUCCACGAACAGAUUACGUGUUGUUCAUCAAGUCUUUCAUUGAAGACAUUACCUGGCUGGAUAUCUUCAGGGCUUGUGUACUUUGUUCCAUUUUACUGUCCCUUUCACUUCUCGUGAACUAUGUGAUUCGACAACGUAGGUGAGUUGUGACCUUUUAAAAAAACUUUUUAGAAAUUGCACCCAUCUUGGCCAUCUUUUAUUCGCACCAACCGCCCCCCCCCCCCCCCCCCCCUCCUCCCUCCCCCAAAAAAGUUGACUGGAAUCCGAACCCUGAAAUUUUUGUCGGCGCCCUUUAAAAAUGAAAUCCGUAGAGCUCGUUCUUUGUCGGCGCCUUUGAAAAAUUUGUUCGAAAGGUCAAAUUCUGUCGGCUUCUUUGCAGAAAAAAUUCGAAGCCCCUAUUCAAAAACCCCUAAUCCUUAGAGGGGGUAUGGAUAAAAAUGGAACGUCCCUAUGCUAGUCUAGAAGGUUUAGAGGCAAGAAGACAUUCACAAUGAUACACUGGCUAUCCGUUUUCGCUGACACAACAAUUCCAAUUCACCUACUAUGCAUCUUAGACUCCUCUUUGAACGUUGCACUCAGAAAAGAAAAUUUUAAAUGCUGACGAACAGAGAACUCUCUGAUAAACUUCAAUAUCUGCAAGAUAAUGAGACAAGAAGCGGACUAAUACUGACAAUGGCUCAGUCACUUCUGUUUUGCCAUUCACGAAUGUAGCUUUCCAACAAGCAGCCUGCGAUAGCAAGCGUUUCUGUGUGGUUUCGGAGGUGGAAGAAGCAGUGAAAGACCGUUAGAAAAAUAGGGCGAGGAACUAGAGUUUGGCUCUCGUUCCAGUUUUCGCGCGGCCAAAACCGAGAAUCCCGUUCCUUGGGUCGUUCUUUGCUCCGAAACAACACGGAAACGCUUGCUUCGUAGGCUAUCCAACAAGCAUCGUAUCAGUUUUAUAAGUAAGCUCAAUAAAAUUUUGUCAAUGUUGUUUUUACAGGCUGGCUAGGAUGGAAAGAGAAGCAGCUGCGCUCAAAGCAGCUACACCAAAAAAACCAAAAGGGCGUUAUCAGCAACCAAAGAGGAAAAAGAAGAACUGGUUGUAG